AUGAGCUUUAAACGUCGGAUGAGAACCGUAACCAACUAUUAUAUCGCAAACCUAACCGUUUCCGACCUAUUGAUGACAGCGAUUAACAUACCGUUCAAUACGGCCAGAAUUAUCAUGGACAAUUGGCCCUUUGGUCAGUUUCUGUGCCAAUUUGUGCCAUUCAUUCAGAUACACCUGAAAUUGCAGUAUAUUUAG